AUGGUCAAAGGUAGAAAGAACAGGGAGCAGUCAAAAAAAGGUUAACAUUACUUAAUUUAUUAAUAAAAUGUGAUUAUAGUUCGAGCCGAAUUACUUAUGAGAGUGAUAAUGAUGAGCUUGUUGAUGAAGUCACGAGUUUCCACGCCAAAGACAGAGAUUUCAAUAAAGACCGGAUCAAGAAGAAGAAGGUGAGCUGCAUUUUCUCUUCGAGAACUUAUGUAACAGUUCAGAAACUCGGCGUGGAAGAAGUUUUAAAUAUCGAUGAGGACGACGUAAGUGGCGACGAUGACGAAGAAAGUGGCUCGGAUUUUGACGACGACUACGAAGAAAACGGUUAGAUUAAUUUCUCUUUGGUUCAUCUAUUCAUAAAACUCCAGGGGCUAUCAGCGACAAUAAAUGGGGCAAGAAACGUAAAGACUUCUACGGUUCCAGGUUAUUUCAGUUAUUCUUUUCAAUACCUAGCUAAAUUUUCCAGUUAUGUCGAUGAAGACUGGGGAGGCAUGCGAGAUGAAGAAAUGGAGGUACUGAAAAAAAGGGUUUCUUUUUGAAAAGAAAAGCUGUAGGAGGCUGAACUAGAAGAAGAAGACGCUCUUAAUCGUCAGAGGCUUCUCGAUAAAUCUGCUGCUUCCAUCGCUGAUCUUUAUGAUGAAGAUGAAGAAGAAGGCGAAGGGGCUGACCAGAACCCGACAACGGUUUCCGACAUAGGAUUUUUAAAUUGUUCAAAACCAUUUGUAGAUUGAUGUAAAGGGACUGGAAUUCAAUGUGAAAAACGCCAAGAAAAUGAACAAAGAAUUGGCACGAGUGCUGGAAGAUUUUCAGGGCAAAGUGAAUCUAUUUCGGAAUUUUUCGAAAAUUUAAUCUCUCAAUUUAGAAAUGUAUUUUCGACGAACUCAUACGACCACUGGAAAAACGUGAUAAGGCUGAUAUCUCCAUCGCAUCUUCGCUCUCAGCUCGUCUUUAUUGUCAAUUCCUACAGCUCGUUAGUUUUAUAUCAUUUUUGUAAAAAGUUAAAUUGUAAAACCAAUCUUUUUGUGCAUUCAAAAGUUUGAAAGGUAAAAUAACUCGUUUAUUCCCAGUUUUUUUCUUCUAUUAUUUGAUUCAAAUGUUUGAGGUACAUUGUCACUGCCGCCUACUACUUGAAACUCAAGUUGAAUCAGUUUGAGCAAGGGAAGCUUACCGACCCAAUGGUUGGCGUCCAUCCAGUCAACGACUUGAUUCAAAAUCUUAACAAAGUUUCGAGAACCAAUAGGACGAUUCGAUUAUUUUUUUUAAGAAACAGAAGGAAGUUGACAAGUUCCUGUAUGAAAACUCAAAAGAGAUCUCGCAUCUCGUUUCCUGGGCAAAAAAUGACCCUCAAAGACUGGCCGAGUUCGACGAAAACGUCUCCAGUCUGCGGAGAACUCCGAGAGAAUCUGUAAGUGAGAUCUGUUGCGUAUAAGUUGUAAUUCAAAAAAAAAAAUGGCAGAAAGAUUUUUUUUUGCUGCCGCGACGCCCAUGCUUGGCUGCCAAUUUUUCACUAAUUAUCUUUGAUUUUCGCCUGUUCUCGCCGUCCAAGCUUUGCUUUUUCUCUUUGACCUUUACUUAAAUCGCGUUUUUUUCUUUUCGCCCUUCUUUCGUCUUUUUCGAGAAAAGCCUUAAUAGCAAUGAUGCGUAGAAAGUUAUUUUUGAGCACCGAAAUUUUUUGCGUAUAUGCCUUUGAUGAGAAUUGAAGCCGUUAAUUUUUUUGGGUACCUGAUGAAAAUGAAUUUAAAACGCACAAUUAGAGAUUUUAGCAUCGUUUGUUCCAAACAAUUUUCAUCUGUUGAAUUUAUCAUAAAUCUCUUUUAACGCGUUAGGAUUGAUUGCUCGACUUUAUUCCAUUUUUCAGAAUGCUGCAAGGACAGAGGAUAGUGAAACUCCAGGAGAAACUGUUUAUUCUGGCGACUUCACGGAGAUGGACACAGAUCCCAAGCGCAAGGCUACCGCCGCCAUCGCCAGCAAUAAACUUUCGCUCGGCUCCGGCAAAAAGAAGAAGGCCAAGACGAGCAAGGUACGCGAAAGUGCUUUCCCUCUGAAUCAUCCAUCUCAAAGUUUUUCUGCCGCUCGUUUCUUUGUGCAAAUGUUUUUGUACGGUCUUUCAGAUCUUAGGAUAAGAUAAAAUGUGGCAAAGUGGCCGUCUUUUUCCUGGAAUUUUUUUUUAUUUCCAAACGUCUGCUCCAUUUUUUUGUUAGAUAGUUUCUACAGUACUCUCAACGUUUCCAUUCGCCUGUUCUUUUUCCUCAGGGAGCUGUCAAUUUGUCGUCUUUUGUCUGCCCGUUUGAGAGUAUAUAUUUCGAACCCGAGAAGUUUUUCAAAUAUUUUAAGUACACAUCCAUAGGUUCUUGUAGAAUAAUUGUAAGUUUAGUUUGCUGGAUUCACUGACUUUUUUCGAAAAGCUCCGAUUAAAAUAUUAGAAUAUCAAGAAGCUUACUCUCAAAUUUAUACUGAGCUAGAGCAGUUGCUCUUUUUCUUUUGUUUAGCUCCGUACUUAUCUUUUGGAGCACAAUUUCGGUCUUUAUUUUGAAUUUUUUUUUCAAAUUUUUGUUCCGUGUGUUUUCUUCACUCGAAGUGACAGCUCUCUCAAUCGGCUGAGGCUGUCCUGGAGCGUACAAAAAGCAAAGGACCGUGAGACCAUGCUUUCAAUUUAAUCAACUACACGUUUUGACUUUUUUUUUUUUCGCCAAAGGCGGUGUUAGUACCGCUCAAAGAAGCAAUUUUUUCACCGCCUAGUCGAUUCCAUCUGACUAAAACAACCAAUAAAUAUAGCCCGUUCAUGGCUGGCUUGGGACAGCAAACGGGCGGUUUAAUUUUCGCGGCGAAGGCAGAUCAUGGCGAAUAUCAAUGCGCCUUUCACAAAAGGCUCAUUUUAUGACUUAUUUCUUUUUUUGAUUUUUUUAUUUCGUUAAUUAAAAAGAAAAACCUGAAAACUAAUGAAGUUAGUUUGAAGGAAAAAAAGCUAAUUUAAUUGAAACAAAAAUAAUUCAUCCAAUGAAGAUCUUUUUUUGAAGGCGCAUGUAUGGCCGCCAUGAUCUACCAUCGCCGCGCAAGUCAAACCGCCCGUUCGCUGUUCCAAGCCAGCCGUGAACGGGCUAUAUUGAUGAUGAUGAUGAUGAAAUUUGUUAAAUUCAGAGUUUUAAAAAUAGUGUUUUGGUGGCUUUUCAGCAAGUUAUGAGAAAUCAGAAAAGGUUUGAGAAAUAUGGUUUGCGAGGACUGUAUGAUCCAAAAAAAAAGAAGAUUUUUUCUGUAUUUUCAAGCUCAUUCCACUGUUCCGCUUUUUUUUCCCGUAAAAUGCCGUACAUCAAGCUUGAUCAAUCCGCCUUGAGGCCUUUGCUUUUUGCAGUUUCCUAGAGUUUUCUGCAAUUUUGUAGAAAACGUUCAAAAAAACAAGAAUACGGUAACUUUUUUUACUUCUGUGCUUUUAAAACGUGCUUGUCUCACGCGUAACACCCUAUACAUAGUUUUCUCAAACUCCCUCCAUAAUAUAAAUUCUCGAGAUCAAAAAACACUUUCUUCAAAAAAGGAGCAAUGCGAAAGAAUGAGAUCAAACCUUUUGACCUACACAAUAGUUGGACAAAUUUAUUCAGUUUCUGAAGCGUUGUACUUUUGGCAGGUGUUUCGCCUGUUGGACGAAAGUUUUUUUUUUGUUGUGCAGCAUCUGCCCAGACUUUUCGCGAGGCUUCUAUUUCUUGAGCGUCUAUCGCGGAAAAUGGUCAAAGAGAGCGACCUCAAAAGAAUAACAGUUAGCCAUAUGUUGAAUGUCGCGCCACGCGCUUCCUCCUGCACAAGUUGUUUACAUUUAUCUUUCUUCGGAUCGAUCUGGCUUUUUAUGUCGUUCGAAAGUGUUUCAUAUAUUACUUUUGGAUAUUCUCCCAGUUCUCCUCAUCAUUAAGCUUCUAGAACCUCAUAAUGUUUUCUUCAACUUUGAAAUGAAAUCACCUCGAAAAGCUUUUAAAACGGUUUUUUAAUAUUUUCUGUUCGUGAGAAAUGGUUUCCCUCACGUUCGGAUGACAUUUCUUUUUCUCGCUCUUUUCCUCGUUUGCCGAAGUUUUUCCAGACGUUUGGCCUUUUAUCGAAGUUUUGAGCUUUUUUGCUUACAUCACAGAAAAAGUUUGAAUGCAACGUCGUGGGAAAUAACGUCAAUUGAUGUAUAAUUUUUUCGCUAGGAUUUUUUUUCAUGGCCUGUUUCGAUCUUUAAAUGUUAUUGCGUUCCUUGCUCAUUUUUGGAAGAACACUCUCAUAAACAUGGCAGUUCGGAAGAAAAAGCUGCCUAAUGUAGGAGAUUGCAGACGAAGAACCGCAGGAAGGUUCGGAACGUGGAGAAACGCGUGCACUCGCAGGUGGCUCCGGUUCGCCGCGAGAUGCAGAAGUACGGUGGAGAAACGAAAGGGAUUCGUGCCUCCACCAUCAAAAGUACGAAACUCAUCGCCUAA